AUGGUGGUUUGGGUGAGUAGACUCCGCGGGGCCCGGGGGGGGGGGGUAGAUGCCGGGCUGGCCGCCCAGGUGUCCAACUUGGGGGUGGAGAUUACGGCUUGCUGGGUGGAGCUCCAGGUUAGGUGGCUGGAAGAAGCCGUCAGUGCGCUGCCGACAGUGCAAGAUGUCGUCCGUGACAUUGGGGUGUGCAUGGACGAGAGCACUGUAGGAGGCAACGAUGAGACUGGCCGCGUCGGUGAUGUAGUUUCGUUGGUGCUGCCGACAGUACAAAGAGUCGUCCGUGACAUUGGGGUGUUCACCGACGAUAGUACUCGAGGAGGCAACGAUGAGACUGGGUGCGUCGGUGAUGUAGUUCCAUUGGUGCUGCCGACAGUACAAAGAGUCGUCCGUGACACUGGGGUGUUCACCGACGAUAGUACUCAAGGAGACAACGAUGAGAUUGGCUGCGUCGAUGAUGCGGUUCCGUUGGCGCUACCAACAGUUCGCGAAGUUGUCGGUCACAUUGGUGUGUGUACCGACAUAAGCACUGAAGGAGGCAACGGUGAGACUGUCUGCGUCGGCGGCAGAGAAGGCAAGUUCACCGAAGGCGUCGAUGACGCGGUUCCGUUGGCGCUACCAACAGUUCGCGAAGUUGUCGGUCACAUUGGUGUGUGUACCGACAUAAGCACUGAAGGAGGCAACGGUGAGACUGUCGGCGUCGGCGGCAGAGAAGACAAGUUCACCGAAGGCGUCGAUGACGCGGUUCCGUUGGCGCUACCAACAGUUCGCGAAGUUGUCGGUCACAUUGGUGUGUGUACCGACAUAAGCACUGAAGGAGGCAACGGUGAGACUGUCGGCGUCGGCGGCAGAGAAGACAAGUUCACCUAAGGCGUCGAUGACGCGGUUCCGUUGGCGCUACCAACAGUUCGCGAAGUUGUCGGUCACAUUGGUGUGUGUACCGACAUAAGCACUGAAGGAGGCAACGGUGAGACUGUCGGCGUCGGCGGCAGAGAAGACAAGUUCACCGAAGGCGUCGAUGACGCGGUUCCGUUGGCGCUACCAACAGUUCGCGAAGUUGUCGGUCACAUUGGUGUGUGUACCGACAUAAGCACUGAAGGAGGCAACGGUGAGACUGUCGGCGUCGGCGGCAGAGAAGACAAGUUCACCGAAGGCGUCGAUGACGCGGUUCCGUUGGCGCUACCAACAGUUCGCGAAGUUGUCGGUCACAUUGGUGUGUGUACCGACAUAAGCACUG